AUGUCAUCUCAAACGAAGUUCAAGAAGGACAAAGAAAUCAUCGCCGAGUAUGAAACUCAAGUGAAAGAAAUUCGUACUCAGUUGGUGGAGCAAUUCAAAUGCCUGGAACAGCAAUCCGAGUCCCGGUUGCAGCUCCUGCAAGACCUCCAGGAGUUCUUCCGCAGAAAGGCCGAGAUUGAAUUGGAGUACUCUAGGAACCUGGAAAAACUGGCAGAAAGGUUUUCUUCCAAGAUUCGCAGCUCCAGGGAACACCACCAGUUCAAGAAGGAUCAGCACCUUCUUUCUCCUGUAAACUGCUGGUAUCUGGUAUUGACUCAGACUCGACGAGAGAGCAGAGACCAUGCUACCCUGAACGAUAUUUUUAUGAACAAUGUCAUUGUCCGACUUUCCCAAAUCAGUGAGGAUGUCAUCAGACUAUUUAAAAAGAGUAAGGAGAUUGGUCUGCAAAUGCAUGAAGAACUCCUGAAGGUCACCAAUGAGCUUUACACUGUGAUGAAAACAUACCACAUGUACCACGCUGAGAGCAUCAGUGCCGAGAGCAAACUGAAGGAUGCAGAAAAGCAAGAGGAGAAGCAGUUCAACAAAGCAGGGGACAUGAGUGUGAACUUGUUGCGGCACGAAGAUAGGCCUCAGCGCCGCAGCUCUGUCAAGAAGAUUGAAAAGAUGAAGGAAAAGAGACAAGCCAAAUACUCUGAAAAUAAGCUGAAGUGCACUAAAGCCAGAAACGACUAUCUGCUGAACCUGGCAGCCACAAACGCGGCAGUUAGUAAAUAUUACAUCCAUGACGUCUCAGACCUGAUUGACUGUUGCGACCUGGGAUUCCACGCGAGCUUGGCACGGACAUUCCGAACAUACCUCUCUGCUGAAUAUAAUCUCGAGACCUCGCGCCACGAGGGCCUGGACAUAAUUGAGAAUGCUGUAGACAACCUGGAUGCGCGGAGUGACAAACACACAGUCAUGGACAUGUGCAACCAAGUCUUCUGCCCUCCUCUGAAAUUUGAAUACCAGCCACACAUGGGGGAUGAGGUAUGUCAGGUGAGCGCCCAGCAGCCGGUUCAGACAGAGCUGCUCAUGCGAUAUCAUCAACUGCAGUCUAGACUUACCACACUCAAAAUAGAGAAUGAAGAGGUGCGCAAAACGCUGGAUGCCACUAUGCAGACCUUGCAGGAUAUGCUGACUGUGGAAGAUUUUGACGUCUCGGAUGCCUUCCAGCAUAGUCGCUCCACAGAGUCGAUCAAAUCAGCGGCCUCAGAGACUUACAUGAGCAAAAUAAACAUUGCCAAGAGGAGAGCCAACCAACAGGAAACAGAAAUGUUCUAUUUUACCAAAUUCAAAGAGUAUUUGAAUGGCAGUAACCUUAUUACCAAGCUGCAGGCGAAACAUGACUUAUUGAAGCAGACUCUGGGAGAAGGUGAAAGAGCUGAAUGUGGGACGACCAGGCCCCCCUGUCUUCCCCCUAAACCACAGAAAAUGAGGAGACCUAGGCCUCUCUCAGUCUAUAAUCAUAAACUCUUUAACGGCAAUAUGGAAACGUUCAUUAAGGAUUCAGGACAGGCUAUCCCACUUGUGGUUGAAAGUUGCAUUCGCUACAUCAAUUUAUAUGGUCUACAGCAACAGGGUAUUUUUAGAGUUCCUGGAUCUCAGGUUGAAGUCAAUGAUAUCAAGAACUCAUUUGAGAGAGGUGAAGACCCCCUUGCUGAUGAUCAAAAUGAACGUGACAUUAAUUCUGUUGCUGGGGUGUUAAAGCUAUAUUUCCGGGGUUUGGAAAAUCCACUCUUUCCUAAGGAAAGAUUUCAAGACUUGAUUUCUACUAUAAAAAUUGAAAAUCUUGCAGACAGAGUGCAUCAGAUCCAGCAAAUCAUUAUUACCUUGCCACGGGCCGUCAUCAUUGUCAUGAGAUAUCUCUUUGCUUUCCUCAACCACUUGUCGCAGUACAGUGAUGAAAAUAUGAUGGAUCCCUACAACCUGGCCAUCUGCUUUGGACCGACUUUAAUGCACAUUCCAGAUGGACAGGAUCCAGUCUCCUGCCAGGCUCACGUCAAUGAGGUCAUCAAAACAAUUAUAAUCAAUCACGAAGGCAUCUUCCCCAGCCUCAGGGAGCUAGAAGGACCUGUCUAUGAGAAAUGCAUGACUGGUGGGGAAGAGUACUGUGACAGCCCACACAGUGAGCCAGGCGCCAUUGACGAAGCAGACCAUGACAACGGCACGGAACCGCACACCAGCGAUGAUGAAGUGGAGCAGAUUGAAGCCAUUGCAAAGUUUGACUACAUUGGGCGGUCCCCACGUGAGUUGUCCUUCAAGAAAGGAGCCUCCCUCCUCUUGUACCACCGGGCCUCCGAAGACUGGUGGGAAGGUCGUCACAAUGGCGUGGAUGGUCUCAUACCCCAUCAGUACAUUGUGGUACAAGACAUGGACGAUGCAUUCUCUGACAGCCUGAGUCAGAAAGCAGACAGUGAGGCGAGCAGUGGACCCCUGUUGGAUGAUAAAGCCUCAUCAAAGAAUGACAUCCAGUCUCCAACGGAUCACAUUCCAGACUAUGGAUUUGGAGGAGUAAUGGGACGAGUGCGGCUGAGAUCGGACGGAGCUGCGAUCCCUCGCCGUCGGAGUGGAGGUGACACACACAGUCCCCCGCGAGGGAUUGGCCCUGGAAUAGACACCCCUCCUCGAGCAGCUGCUUGUCCCAGCAGCCCUCAUAUUUUGCCACUGAACAGAGGCCGGAUCGAGAGCCCGGAGAAGCGUAGGAUGGCAACCUUUGGUAGCGCUGGCAGCAUCAAUUAUCCAGACAGGAAAGCUAUGACUGACGGCCACGCGUUGAGGCCUGGUUGCAGCUCAACUCGGCACAGCAGCCUUGGGGAUCAGAAAUCACUAGAAGCAGAAGCAUUGGCAGAGGACAUCGAGAAGACUAUGAGUACAGCGCUGAAUGAGCUGCGUGAGCUUGAAAGGCAGAAUACUGUGAAGCAAGCCCCUGAUGUUGUCCUAGACACCCUUGAACCAAUGAAGAACCCACAGAUUGGUUCUGUCAACUCUGAACCUGCCAGUCCCCUUCAUACCAUCAUGAUCAGGGAUCCGGAUGCUGCCAUGAGGCGUAGCAGCAGCUCUACCACUGAAAUGAUGACUACUUUUAAGCCUGCCCUCUCUGCCCGGCUUGCUGGAGCUCAGCUUAGACCACCACCCAUGAGACCCAUCAGGCCAGUCAUUCAACAUCGAUCAAGUAGCAGUAGCAGCUCAGGAAUGGGUAGUCCCGCAGUGACACCCACAGAGAAGAUCUUCCCUAACAGCUCCUCAGAUAAAUCUGGCACCAUGUAGCUAGCACCGUCCCAAGGGAAUCUCGCCUGGGAAAAUGGUUGGCCCUUUCC